GUGGCUGGGGCUUUCUGCUUUGCCUCACUCCCAGCUGAUUGCGGGCUGAUGGUCACGACUCUGCUCCUCACCUCCCGGCUUCACGCUGAGGAGAGAAGGAUCAGGGAAGACGGAGAAGCCGGCACACAACUACCCUACAGAGCCGACGAUAACUUGCUCCCCGCGCAGCAGAACCUUACAGGGGAGGGGAGGGAGGAGGGAGGAAAGAAGGGGAGGAGGAGGAGGAGAAGGAAAAAAAGAAAAUCCAGAGAAUUCUAGUCCUGCAAAUGUGACUGGUUCAGAGUUCAUUUGCUCGAGAAGAGCAGAGAAGAAAGAGGACAUUAAAUGAGAAAAAGCAAGAAAGGUCUGUAGCUUUUUUUCCUGAUACUAGCAGUCUUUUAGAGGGAAAAUGAUUCCUCCGAGCAGCAUGACUGAAGUCAGCGUGGACAGCGUGGAGAAAGAGAAUGAAGUGGAGAGCACAGAGCAGCCCCCAUCUCCAGCAUCAACCACCAGCCAGGAAUCUAAGCUGCAGAAACUGAAACGAUCACUCUCCUUCAAGACCAAAAGCUUACGGAGCAAAAGCGCAGACAAUUUCUUCCAGAGGACUAACAGUGAUGUGAAGCUGCAAGUGGACUUGAUGCCAGAGGUGAGCACGAGCACAGGGCAGCUCCCCAGCUCAGAGAGCCAGGCAUCCUCCCCUACCAGAACGCAGCAGCUGUCAGAAAACAACAAGGCUCACAUCUUCCAGGAGCACAUCUUCAAAAAGCCCACCUUCUGUGAUGUCUGCAACCACAUGAUUGUUGGGACAAACGCUAAGCAUGGACUGCGCUGUAAGGCUUGUAAGAUGAGCAUCCACCACAAGUGUGCGGACAGUAUUGGACAACAGCGUUGCAUGGGCAAGCUGCCAAAGGGAUUUCGACGGUACUACAGCUCACCACUUCUCAUUCAUGAACAGUUUGGCUGCAUCAAAGAAGUGAUGCCUAUUGCCUGUGGCAAUAAGGUUGAUCCUGUGUAUGAAACUCUCCGCUUUGGGACUUCUUUAGCCCAGAAAACCAAGAAGGGAAGUUCUGGAAGUGGGUCUGAUUCUCCCAAUAGGAACUCUACAGCUGAUCUGGCAGAAGUUCCUGAAGAAGCUGAUAGCAGCCUUGACAUAAGCAGGAGACGCAGCAACAGUGUGUUUACAUAUUCUGAAAAUGGCACAGAACACUUUGGAGAAGAACCAAAAAGUAUAAAUUCCCCGGGACCAUUUUAUAAAAGCACGUUACAAAUGAACACCUAUGUUGCCUUGUACAAAUUUGUACCACAAGAAAAUGAAGACUUGGAGAUGAGGCCAGGGGAUAUGAUCACUCUUCUGGAAGACUCCAAUGAAGACUGGUGGAAGGGAAAAAUUGACGACAGAACUGGAUUUUUUCCUGCUAACUUUGUUCAAAGAGUGCAACAUGAUGAGAAGAUUUACAGAUGUAUCAGGACGUUCAUUGGCUGCAAGGAGCAGGGACAGAUAACUCUGAAAGAGAACCAGAUUUGCGUGACUUCAGAAAAGGAACACGAUGGCUUCAUCAAAGUAUACAGUGGGAAGAAGAAAGGCUUUGUCCCCAUAGACAUCUUAGAAAACAUCUGAUUGCAACAGCCUGCUUGCUGCAGUAGGAGCCCUUUGUUGGCAAUGCCUGUCUGCCUCAUCUCACACUGUGUCAACCCAGAUGGGCUGUCUUGCAGAUGUUCAGGGAAACAGUGGGAAAACUGCAACUACAAGAAGAAAAAGACGUUUAGACUGCCACAGCAACACUAAGAAAUUAGAAAAGUGGAAUGACUGAAAGAAAAUAUAGUCAGAAACCACUAGGGAAAUGAGAGGCCCUUGGAAACUAAUAGGAAAAAGGUAAGAAAAAGAAGUCUGGGCUGAUUUCUGAUGCAGGAUGGCUAUUGCAACCCUGAUGGAAACAGACAGCUGUUCUGAAGGACUAAACUCAAGUCUCGUUCUUGUGUCUUAGAGAACUGUUGGACUACUUUCUUGUUGGAGAUGUGUGUUUGGGAGGGAGGGACAAAUACAAGUCAAACAACUGUCCUUGUACUACAGCCCAAUGCUUGUGGUAAAGUGUGGCUGUAGUUCUAAGUUCUGUCCACUGUAUCAACCAACCAGUUUAAGCGUUUAUUCCUGAUGUUAGUCUCAUAUCAAAGCAGUUUGGAGUCACCAUGUGGAUGUCAGUUCAAGAAGUGCACUGUGCCCUGGAGGUCAGCAGCUUUCUCUUUCUGUGUAAUCUUACCUUAUGAAAGAGUAGCAACCUUGUAUGUCCUUUGUUUUCUCUGUAUACAAACAAAAGCUCUCCGCGUGUGCCAGGUGUGAUGGCUGCUCUCAUAGCUCCCAAAGAUGGCCUGCCCUCCGAUUAAAGAGCCUUCUUGGAAGUGUCCCUCUGUGUUUCCUGCACCCUCAUCUGGUGAGGCAGAAAAUGGGAGGAAUGCCGGGAGAGUGCCACAGGCUUGAAAUGUUUUGUACCUUUCUGUGUUUAUUGCACUUACAAGAUUUUAUAUAUUAAUCCUGUUUAUAAAAAAAAUAAGACAGUUAACCAACCCCUUGGAAGACUGAAAAACACUAGGAAAGGACACCACGCAGAAGUGAAGACUGUACUGAAAUCCAGAACUUGUGAUAGUAAGGCACUGAGUGUCUUAGCAUUGUCUUCACCCAACAAAGUCGUCGUCUUCAUUUGCUAGAUUAGUUUUACAGAUUCAUCACUCACUCACAUGAGUACCUCCUUGGCAUUAACAACUGUGCGCCUCCUGUAAGCCCCCUCAGUCCCAGUGCAACUAAACAGACUUACACAGAUGAGCUGGUGCCAAUCCUGUUGUAAAGCAGGGGCCUUAUGAUGCUUCAAAACAGCGAACCUAAUUUCCAAGUAUUUAAUUGGAUGCAAUUGCACCAAAUACACUUAAACAGUUUUGUAUGUAUUAUGACAUAGAGAUUAAAUCCUGUCCCAAAGCUCCCUGGUGAAUUCAAGCCUUAUUUGACCAGCCUGAGAUUGAGUGCCAGUUUUUAAUACUGCUGCAAUUAGCCACAAAUGGAUGUCCUAAAUGCCAACACUGCAAGAAGAAAUCCAGAUGCUGCCAGGUUAGUACAGGCCUUUGCACAGCUGACACUAUUUCUAAAAAGAUGCUGUCUGUUCUGCUUCCUUAUAUUGAGGCAGUUUGAAUCCGUGUUGCACAGCCCAGGUCUCAUAGUUGGGAUGCCCAACAGCUGACCUUAUGCAAAGCCUUAUUAAAUCCAGUGCUGUGCUACACAUGACCAGAAGCUCACAGAGCAAAUCAGGCUGCAGCCUCUUAGAGGCACAUUUUGCAACUCUUACUUAUCACUUAAUUGCCGAGGAGGAAGUUACAGGGGUGAUGCUGAAACAUCAUCCGUUGUAAUACAAAUGGUCUACACCAAUAAUUCAUGUCCUUCUAGCUGAUCAAAAGUAUCUGAUUUCAUAUCUUCCUCUAUGGGAAUAUCAGUAAUUCAUAAAUGGCUUUCCUACAGAGCAAACAAUAAACAUUUCUCAGCUCAUUCUCCUAAGCAACCAGUAGACUUAGUAGGAAGAGGGAGGAUUCUGACACGCCUUAAAGAUCAAAACAAAAAGUCAUGAUAAUCCACUCUGCUUUAUAUGAUUUAUAUAUAUAUAUUCACCAGUUCAAACAAGAAACUCAAAUGUUUGUUAGAAUUGAAAUAUUUGCUAUUUUUUAUCAGACCUGACAAGUGGGCAAAGGAAAUCUGUAUUAAUCUAUACAUAUGUGCUAUUGUUUACAUGAUUGCAUCAUACUGUGAUUCCCUAUUUGAGUCUUCUAUGAUUUUAAGUUAUCCCUACAAUGUGCAUCAAGAAAGAAAGAAUUCAAAGAAUUCAAAUAUAUGAAUAUUACCUACAACUCACAAUGGCCUUUAAUCAAUGUCAGUUUGAUUCCUUUUGAUACUGAGCAAUAAACAAUAAAGUGAUUGAGUAAAACAAAACAAACCCUACGUUGACUGCAUUACGUCUGAGCAAGCAUUGCUUCUGAACCAAAGCUUUCAUGGUUAUCUUUCCUUUGUGUGUUUUGUUUUGUCUUUUUACUGGGUUUUUGCUGCUGUUCGAUAUGGAGAUGUAAUUUAUGCCUAAUUUAGCAAGAAGCACAUACAUGAGUCUUACUUUAAGCAUGUGAUUCAUUGGCUAUUUGCACGCUUAAAGCUGAAGCACUUUGCUGAAUUGAGGACAUUUUCCUCAAAUUAAUUUUGGAUGCCUUACUCUGAAUCCAGAUGAGUAUCCCAUUAUUUUCUUCUCCUACCAUAUGCAGUUUGCAAUAGAUACUGAGUUAGCAAGCAGUUAAAAAAAGCUGGAGUGGAAUUUAUCUGACGUUUCCUCAGAAAAUUUGAACUUUAGGAGAUGAAUACUGUUCACACUUAAUAUUCUGCUUAAUAAAGAAUGUGCAAUGGUUGGAAGGAGAAUA